GCCCCACGCAUGCUCCGCCACCUCCACCGCGCCGGAGCGGAGCGGAGCGGGACGGGACCGCGCCAGAGCCGCCGCCGCCGCCGCCGCAGCCGCAGGGUCUCACAGCCCCGUGGCCCCAGCAGCCAGAGCAGCCCCUGAAUCCCACACGUGGCUCAGUCGCACCAGGGAACGGCUGUUUUUGUGGACUAGCAUGGGAGAAGCCUUCCCCAGGCAUGGGCAGCACUAGGGAGCCCGAGGCCCUGCAGCUGCUGAACCGAGAGGCUGAGGACGCCUGUGAGCCUGGUACCAGCUCCUUGGGCUGCCCACCAGUGGGUGAGCACUUGCCCAGCUCUGGCUGCAACGUGGAUGGCCGUGCCAUGAGGACCUGCUGCGUGGCCGAGCCCCAGGUCCUGGGUACUGUGGAGAAGGUGCCGGUGCCAACAGGACUGGGGAGCUGCGGGGCAGCCGGUGGCACUGCCCCUGCCUGCAGUCCUAUGGAGCCAGGGGGCACCCAGAAGGAGAAGGCCACCCCUGCGCCCUCCCUGCCUGAGCCCUGCCUCAAGGCACCCAGCAAGGACACGGGCAGCGUGCCGGCUCCAGCCAAGCAUGUGGCAUUCCUGGAGCCAUCGGUGGGAGCUGAGCUGCCCUCCCCGAUGCCAAGCCAGGAGCAGCCCCAGGGUGGCACAGGGGACACUGAAACCCCCGAGCAGCUCCAGAGAGUUGGGGAGCAGGGCAGAGCUGAUAGGAGUACUGAGAGCACCCAGCAGCCCCGGACUGCCAAGCUGCUCUGCGGGUCCUACUCAUUCGAGGUGACACCCCCGCAGGACGCCGGCGUGCAGGACACAGGGACACAAGUGGACAGCCGUGCAUCCCUGGUGUCGGUGGCACUGAGCCCUAUGAGCCCCCCGGGUGGAGCUGCUGCCUUCACCUUCCCCAAGAGAGAGCUGGGCUCUGCCCCGUGCCUGCAGCCCUCCAAGAAGGACGCGGAGAUGCAGGUAUCCAUGCCUGUGGAGACGCGCUCAGUGGCCACCGGGCCCAUGACACCAGUGGCCAAGUCCCCACAGGCCUCGUACCCCGAGGUGCACGUGAAAGGGGUGGCGGAGGAGGCUCCAGAGCCCAUCCGGGAGGUGAGCUGGGACGAGAAGGGGAUGACGUGGGAGGUGUAUGGGGCCUCCAUGGAGGUGGAGGUGCUGGGCAUGGCCAUCCAGAAGCACCUGGAGAAGCAGAUCGAGGAGCAUGGGCGGCAGGUGGUGGCCACCCCACAGAGCACCCGCGCCAGCUCCGUCAAAGGGGCUCCCCACAAGGGUGAGCCCAAGAGGCAGCCCAGCGUCUUUCGGGCUCUGCUGCAAAACGUCCGGCGGCCACGGUGCUGCUCUCGUGCCGGCCCUGCCAUGGAGUGAGCUACUGCCCAGCCGUGGGACGGAGGGGACAUGGGGAAGUGUCCCUGCCCUGCGUCCCGAGACGCCCGCUGCCGGCGUGCAGCGCUCCAGGCAGGUGGUGAUGGAGUGCUGCAGGUGGGGAUGGGGCAUCUCAUCUGCUGGGGUCCCCCCCAGCCCUGGGACACGAGUUGGAUGCCAUCUCCCUGUGUGUGGGGUGGGGGCCUGACCGUGGCUUAGAGUUGGGCUUGUGGCAGCAGCAGUGACAACAGCCCCUGGCUGCCCACCACACUCCUGUUCUUGCUACAUCGGCAUCAUGUCCCACUGCUGUGCCCAGCAGAAGGGUUGUGGGGCUGGAGCACGUCUGCUCGGGGCCAUCAGCUGCUUGUCCCCAUCACUGCAGCUGGAGGCAUUUGGGGAGGUUGUCCCCAUGGUCCCCAGCCCUCCCUGGCUGCAUUCGAAGCACGGAAAUGUCCUUGUCCUGGUGGUGGGGAAGGAGCCGCACCACCUCCCAGCCACGCUGCUGUGAGCAGCAUCCAGAGCCCCCAGGCUGUCCCUUUGUGGGUCCCCCAGCCUUGCUCACUGCUCCCCCUGGGGCUGCGCCAGCUGCAAAGUGCUGCCACUUUUUACCGCUGGGAUUUUGCA